AUGUCGUCGCUGUAUAAAUGCACAUCUUGCAAUGAGCUCAUCCAGCCUAAGAAAGCGCGUCUCUCAUGUGCUUCCUGCGCGCCCCGCAUAACCCUAUGCGCCAACUGCUUCGUUGUACAGAAUUAUCCUCCGCAGCACCAGGAUGACCCCUCGCACGCAAUCUCGCUACACGCACAAAGCGGUUUCAUCCCUGUCCCUCCGCCACCUCCACCACGAGCGCAGUCUGUCCGAAGCCCAUAUGGUCCUCCCCCGCGCCGUCCUGUAUCUGUUUCAAACAGAGAUAGCGAUGUCCCGCCGAGGAAACCUCCACGUCCUACAAAUCCAGAACCAAGAAGUGAAGAACGGGUGGAGAACACGGUGCCAGUAACGCCGACGUCGAUGAAACCGGAAAGAACUGUCCCAACUAUUCCAUAUGCAGCGAGACCAGUACCGCAGAGUCCGUCCCCGAAAAGCACCGAGCCAUCUCGUCAUCCACCAUAUCCAUAUUCAUCUACAAGCUGGAUCCCGCUCUUCACCGAGGACAUGAAGCCCUCGGCUUCCUUCAUGAGAUUAAUCGAAGAGCUCUUCCGCCACCUAGACCCGCAGCGCACGGGGUAUCUCAGUCCAGAAGCCGUCUCUAAGUACGUAGACGUAUGUGGCGCACCACCUAGCCACAACGUUUGGAAAACCAGCCGCGACAAAAACCCACAAUAUGGCUACGACAUGGCCGACCGCGAACUAGCCGACCACUUCACAGCAUACGCCGUCGACUUCGCCCUCCGUCCACGCACUCCACCCUCAACACCCGUCAAUUCCCCUCUAGAUCCCCUGUCCUAUCUCCCGCCCGCUCAGCGCGCUGCCAUUUCCGCAUUCAUGCCCGCCCAAUCCACAUCCGCGAACUCGCUCUCCGGAGGGAAAAAACCCAUGCUGUCAUUCCGAGGCUGGACGGACCUUACAAUCUGCGGUGUGCUUCUGAACCCGUCUGCGUCAUGCGGGCAGCUCAAUCGCGCUAUGCAGGCAUUCCAGUUGCCGGUUUGGAGAGAGUGGGGUGAUAUUCCUCGGGAUAUGUUACCGCUUGCACCGUAUCAGCCGGAGGUUGAGAGGGUGAGGGUAUUGCUUGAGGGGGCGAGAAUUAAUGCGGAGCAGGAGGUUGAUGCAGUUCAUGCGAGGUUGAAGCUGGAGCAGAGGGGACGGCAGAAUGCGUUGGAUUUGUUGGAUGAUCGGGUUUGGGUUCGUUGGUAG